AUGAGCAACACGAGUCCCCUGAAGGUUGGAAUUAACGGCUUUGGCCGAAUUGGGCGCCUCGUCUUCCGCGUGGCAGUCGAUCACCCAGAAAUCGAAGUCGUCGCUGUGAACGAUCCCUUCAUCGAUGCGAAAUAUGCCGCUUACCUCCUGAAUUACGAUUCCACCCACGGCCGCUUCAAGGGCGACAUCAAACCAGGAAAAGACGCCUCCAGCCUCGAAGUGAACGGGAAGAAAAUAGACUUCUACCAAGACUCGUCGCCGGCCUCGAUCCCGUGGGACAAGUCGGGCGCAAAGUACAUCAUCGAGGCGACCGGCGUCUUCAAGAGCGUCGACAAGGCGAAAGCCCACGUGCAGAAGAAGGACAGCGGCGGCCCGCAAAAGGUCGUCAUCACCGCCCCCUCGCCCGACGCCCCGAUGUACGUCGUCGGCGUCAACGAGAAGACCUACGACGGCGCCGACGUCGUCUCCAACGCCUCCUGCACCACCAACUGCCUCGCCCCGCUGGCCAAGGUCAUCCACGACAAGUUCGGCAUCUCCCAGGGCCUCAUGACCACCAUCCACUCCUACACGGCGACCCAGAAGACCGUCGACGGGCCUUCGGCCAGGGACUGGCGCGGCGGCCGCGGCGCCGCCCAGAAUAUCAUCCCCAGCAGUACCGGGGCCGCCAAGGCCGUCGGGAAGGUCAUUCCCGCUCUGGACGGGAAGCUGACCGGCAUGGCCAUGCGCGUGCCUACGCCUAAUGUGUCGGUUGUCGACCUGACAUGCUGCCUGGAGAAGCCUGCCUCGUAUGACGAUAUCAAGAAGACCAUCAAAGCUGCCUCUGAGGGGCCUAUGAAGGGAGUCAUCGGCUACACAGAGGACGCGGUGGUGUCGAUGGACAUGAAUGGGCACGACAUCCCCUGCGUCUUCGAUGCCGGCGCCGGACUUUCACUCAACGACAAGUUUGUGAAGCUCAUUGCUUGGUAUGACAAUGAAUGGGCCUACAGCCGAACCGUCAUCGAGCUGCUCUCUCACAUUGCAAAGGCUUGA